AUUCUAUAGCUGCAAUGGAGUGUCGAUCGAACUGUUGCGUUCGCAAUCAAAUAAGUAUUUCGAAGUUUUUGUGAUUUCGAUUACCCAAUUAUGUAGGUAGAUAGGCAGGUAAUUGAAUGUGACCAUAAAAUAACCUAUGGUCUUAAACGGUCAAACACCGCGAGGACACCGGUGACCGCAACCUAUUAUUCUUUAAUUGUGUCUAUAAUGACAUUACUCAAAGGGUUAA